AUGGCCACGGCGGCACCUUCGCUCCCGGCGCCGCUCUGCGGCCCCACGGCAAGGUCUCUCGUCUCUUACCACGUCCCUCUACAGGGCCCGGUUCGCCGUUUGCCUGCGUCCUCCGCGACCGAGGCCGCUUCGCAGAGCUCGUCCUGUCCUCUCUCUUGUGCUCCUCAACUCGCGGCGGCACCCAGCGGACUACUCGCCCCGCGCCCGACGCGCACCGGAAGCGGAAAGCAGACAGACGCGGCUGCUGCAGAGCCCGGAUGGACUGUGCACACGUUGCGCGGGAGCGUGGCGAGCACCGAGGCCGCAGCCUCAGGCAACGGUGACGACCGCAACUGCGCGAUGCAGGACGUGAGAGAAGGGGAAUACGAAGGCGGCCUCUCUGUGUGGGAAUGCUCCUGGGACCUCGUGCAGUUCAUCUUGAAACUAAAACAGGAAGACGUCGCAGCCCAACAUGUGCUUGACCUCGGCUGCGGCCACGGUCUGGUAGGCCUUCUGAUGCUUCAGAGGGGCGCGGGCGCAGUCGUCUUCCAGGACUUGAACGCCGAGGUGCUUGCGGGCGUCACAGGCCCGACGGUGGCUCUCAACCUUUCUCUGAGCCGGCGCCCGCACGCCGCCCAAGACCCAGCCAGGCCUCCAGCCGCGGCGGAGAGCCACAGAAUGCGCCUUUGCGCGCUCGCGAAGCGUCCGCCGUCCGCGAACGCACCAGACGCAUCGGCGCCGCCGCUGCCCGAAGGGUGCGCGAACUUACCUGCGAACUGCCUCCUUCUCCCCGCCUCCUGGGAAGCUUUUCCGUCUCUGUGCUGCUCCUGCAAGUGUGCGUGCUCGCGUGGGGCCGUCGCGGGCUCCGCGGCGGCGCUGCCAACGGGCGACGUGAGCGGCAGCCUGCCAGGCGCGACUCAGCACCAGUUCGACUGGAUCGUCGCCUCUGAAUGCAUCUACAGACCGCAGCUCUUCGAAACGCUGCGGCAGCUUCUCAAAAAACUGCUGAAGCGAGGCACCGGCAAAGCGCUCAUUGCUGGCAAGCGGUACUACUUCGGGAUCGGUGGCGGCACGUUGCCUUUCCUGCACUUUUUGCGAAAGGCUGAGACAGAGGAAAGAGAGCGGAGACAGCAAGAGAAGUACCAAGCCGCCGCGACGAGAGGUGACAUGAAGGUAGACUGUGAAGAGAACCACGACGCUGAAGAAGACGCACUAGAGGUCUCUGUGGCGCUGACGAUUGAGGACAGAGCCUCCAACGUACGCGAUAUUCUUACCAUUGAGAAACGACCUAAACCGUAG